AUUCGAGACUUAUAAAUAAGACCGAAAAGAAUAGUACGACCAGAAUCUAACUGAAAUUCUCUAUUAUAAGCACUACUAAAUAUGACACUUGAAGAAACUAGACCGAUCUCAAACUAGUGUAUCUUUCUCUUUGAGGAAAGACCAAAUUAUUGGACUUCAUCAGACACAUUUAUUCAUUGAGUACUAGUAAAGAAAGACUGACCAAAGGGAGUAACAAAAUUGCACUCUCAUUGACCGGAAGUUGAAGAUGAAUCGGAAGUUUGGAGGAGGGAAACAGCCGACGGGAACGCCGUCUUUAGCUUGGUCGUGCGCCGUCGUCGUGGUCUCACUCCUCGCCGGAGCCUCCGUCGUACACAACAUUUUCAAACCAAAUCUGACUUUGCCUCCGAUAGACAACAACGGAGCUGAUGAAGCUAGUCAACGAGAACCCAACAAAAAGCAGUGAUGAUCAUCAUCCUGUUUUGGUUAAAUUGCUUGAUAAAUUUAGGCAUCUUAGCCUCGGAUGUACUUAGAUUGUUUAACGUUGUCUAAUCUUGUGCGUGUUUGAUCACUUACUUUCCUAUCGUGUAGACCGCAAUAUCCGUAUUCAGUUGUCCUUCUGCUAUUGCUGGAUUAUUUUCAAAAGCCUAUGCAUGCGGUUAAAGAAGCAAAAUGUAAGACUAUGUUUUGGAACUGAAGACUGAGCCGUCUGAUCGUAGACUAUUUUUCUGGGACAGAAAUACAUCAAUUUAGUGGCACGUACUAUUUGCAAGACACAAAUUUAAACUGAAUUCGAUUCAAA